AUGCAGGAUAUCACACGGGUUUCAGAGGCUAUGGACACACUAGCAAAGAAAAUUCUUGAGAGACGGCAGCAGGUUAGGAGCCCGAAAGAGCAGGAGUAUGAGCGGAAAGUGGAGCACCUAGAACAAGUUCUGGAUGCAGUACUCAGGCUGCAAAAUAGACCGGAUAAUGCACAGUAUGAGCUCGAUAGAAAAGAGCUCGAUAGCACGCUUGAGAACGGGCUGCAGAUGCUGGAGCGUGAUGGUCGCAAAUACCUUCUCGUCCCAUUGACUGAGUGCCCAGAAAAGGUAGAUGAGGGGAACAUCGACAGCGAUACACAGAACAAGAAGUCUCGCAAAAAGAAGAAGAACAAGAUCCCAUGCUCGUUUUGCCAUCAAACGGGCCACACGCGUGCACAUUGCCAAAAGAGACUGCUUACUGACAUUUCUAGUCUGAAACGCUGA